UUUAAUAAAAACAAUCGUUGCAGGCGGCAGCAGGAACUGAAAAUGUCAAGAUCUAGUAAUCAGAGAAUAAAUACUUCUGAAGAUUCAACUGACGGUGAUACUUGCACUGUAGGGAUGAAUAGUGUUGGAGAAGAAACGCCGCUCUUAACCGUAAGAAAUCGAGAUUCAAAUCAACAUGGGCACUUGUCAACAUUCUUUGGCGUCAUUAUCCCAUGUACUCUGUCAAUGUUCAGUAUUAUUCUUUUUCAACGCGUUGGUUAUGUUAUAGGCCAGGUUGGAUUUGUCGUGACUUGUGCUCUAUUAUUUGUGGCAUAUUUCGUCACAGGACUGACUACCCUUUCUGUUUCGGCAAUUUCAACAAAUGGAAAUGUAAAAGUAGGCGGUGUUUAUUUCAUGAUUAGCCGAGCAUUAGGACCAGAGUUUGGCGGCUCGAUUGGGGUCAUAUUUUAUGUUGCUAACAUCGUAUCAUCUGGUCUGUAUUUGAUUGGAUUUAGCGAGGCUGUGACUAGUGCAUUUGGCAAGAAUACAGGCGGUUUAAUCCAUGGUAACGGAAUACCGACUGGCGACUGGUAUGCGUUUCUUUAUCGAUCCAUGGCCUUGCUUUUCAACUUAUUCGUUUGUCUCGUUGGUGCAGGAAUGUUUGCAAAGACGACGUUUUUCAUUUUGCUGGGUGUUAUGAUAUCGAUAGUAUCCUCAUUCGUAAGCUUUUUUAUUCACGAAAAGAAUAUUUACUAUCACAACGUUCCUGCUGAGAAUACACUAUUCGGGAACCAGACUCCCUCUCUUCUGUACACCGGUCUCAAUUGGACGACGAUGAGGGAUAACCUCUGGGUGGACUAUAGCGUGGACUAUCAAACUGAUGCAACUCCGUCAAUUUUAGUCAUUUUUGGCGUCUUGUUCAAUGGAGUCACAGGAAUUAUGGCUGGAGCAAACAUGUCUGGUGACUUAAAGAAUGCGGCGAGAUCAAUUCCGCGAGGAACUUUGGAGGCGUCUGCGUUCACUUUGUCGAUAUAUUUAUUGCUAGUGUUUUUUACAAGUGCCACAUGUACAAGACCUCUUCUGGUGAAUCAAUACAACUUUCUACAGGUUAUAAAUAGAGUUCCCGCCUUGACAACAAUGGGAGUAUUUUUGGCAACUCUUUCAGCGUCGCUGAGCUGUUUGAUAGGCGCUUCAAGAGUUCUUCAGGCUGUCGCGAAUGACAAUCUCUUAGGUUCCUAUGUGUCAUUUUUUGGUCGAGGUUUUGGAAGAAAUAACGAACCUGUGUUUGCGGUCCUGGUAUCCUGGCUUUUGGUUCAAGCCGUUAUUUUUGUGAGCAAAGUAAACACGUUAGCGCCAAUAGUCAGUAUGUUCUUUCUUCUGUCGUAUGGAGUAACGAACCUGGCUUGUUUUGUUCUGAAGGUUUCUUCAGCGCCAAAUUUUAGACCAACGUUUCCAUAUUACUCCAAAGGAACAGCUCUGCUGGGAAUGUUGUCGUGUUUUGCGAUCAUGUUUGCAGUGAAUUACGCUUACGCUGCCUUGUCUGUGGCAAUCAUGAUAAUCUUAUUCCUGGUGAUCGUAUAUCGGGCCCCGAUAACACCAUGGGGUGACGUCACUCAAGCCGUUAUUUACCAUCAGGUCAGAAAAUAUUUGUUGAGAUUGGAUCCGAAGAAAAAUCACGUAAAAUACUGGAGGCCACAGAUAUUGUUGUUGGUAUCAAAUCCUAGAUCGUCUUAUCCGCUUAUUGACUUCGUUAAUGACAUCAAAAAGACUGGUUUGUACAUUCUUGGAAAUGUUAUUGUUGACGAUUUUGAUGGACAGGCUGUAACUCGUCAUAAGCAAGAGAUCGAUCAUUGGUAUAAUUUUGUCCGUUGUGCCGAAAUUAAAGCAUUUGUUGAUCAAAUUGUAGCGCCAUCUGUGAGAGUUGGAGCGCAAAACUUAUUGAUGUCGUCUGGGUUAGGAGGAAUGAGGCCAAAUACUGUAAUUCUUGGAUAUUUUGACCAACAAGAUCCACAGGACCUUAUCAGUCAAGGAGUGUGGCAUAGAAAUUACAACAUCUUUGAAAGAAGGAGAAAAGAGCAAAUACAUCAUGACAUUAUGAUGCAUCUACCGAAGCUUAGAGCAAAGGGGGAGCAAUCGAUGCGUGUAGCCGAUUAUAUAGGAAUUAUCAAGGAUAGCUUGCUUUUAGGAAAAAAUGUUUGCGUGGCACGAAAUUUUACUUUGUUUAACAAGAAUGGAAUAAAAAAGCCUGCUUCUAUUGACGUAUGGCCGGUAAAUGCGUCUUCAAUUGAGCACUCUGGUGAAGGAACAUGUGACCAAACGUACCUUCUAAUACUUCAACUAAGCUGUAUUUUAAAUAUGGUGCCAUUUUGGGAAAAUCGAACGAAAAUACGACUCAUGUCAAUAGCUCGUGGUGAUGAAACUGAUGAGGUUGAAAGAAAAAGAUUAAUGAUUCUUCUUCAUCAACUAAGAAUACCCGGAGAAGUGCAGAUUGUCCACGAUACAGAUGAGCAUUCGUCUGAGAGGCCCAGGGUUGGAACAAUGGAGUGGUAUGAACAUUUAAAUCAAUUGAUGAGAGUUCAUUCUGGAACUGCAGCGGUCAUUUUUACAAGUCUUCCAGGAGUGCCUGAGAAUGAAAGUCUCCACAAUAACUUUAUGCGUCAAAUGUCGGUUCUAUCUGAUGAUUUACCACCAAUAUUGAUGGUCCAUGGGACAUCAAAGGUCAUCUCUUUGGAACUCUAAUGAUCUACAGCUAGAAUGGGUUUAUACCUUAUAAAUAAAAAAUUAUGAAAAAUAUUUUUUAACAAAUACAUGCUUCCCCAGAUGUGUCAAAAUUAA